AUGAUUCAGGAAAGGUUUCAGCAUUCAGGAGAAACUGUCAGUCUGCAUUUUCAUAAAGUGUUGGCUGCUUGCCUCAAUUUAUCUCGAGAAAAUAUCAGGCCAACUGAUCCUACAUUUUCCUCUUGUCACCCAAAAAUAACAAAUGAUCCACGAUACUUCCCAUUUUUUAGGGAUGCAGUUGGAGCAAUUGAUGGUACUCACAUAAACUGUAGUGCACAUGAUGCUCGUGUCUUUCAUUCUGCUAUCUCAACUCCAUCCAUGAAUUUCCUCAUCCACUCGAAGAAAAUAUUAUUGGUUGAUGCUGGUUAUCCAUCACAAGUGGGAUACCUUGGCCCGUACAGACGUGAGCGCUAUCAUCUCCCAGACUUUAAUCGUCACCCAGGAUUUACAAAUCAGAAUGAGGCCUUCAAUUAUUAUCAUUCAAGUUUGAGAUCCACUAUUGAAAGAACUGUUGGGGUGUGGAAGAAUAGGCAAAAUUCUCCAACUGAUGACCGCUUUAUAGAAGCUGAACAUGGAAGUGUAAUAGACGAAGACAAUAAUCAUGCAGCUGAAAUCAGUUGUACCCAUCGACAAUCGAAACAUGGCCAUAGACGUCAGCCCGUUCCGCCUUCGUUCCCGAUAGCUUACUCUGACCUAGCUCUUGCAAGGAUUGCGAUAACUUUCAGGCUCUUUAGCAGCUCAAGCUCUUCAAAAAUCACGGGUAUUCUCAGAAAAUCACCAUCCCCACAAUGCUUUCGUCUUUUGCAACGCUACCCAUCACCAGCAUUCUCUCUCAAAUUCAGCACAGGGUCUUCUCCAGAUAAUCACUCGUUUACUGUAUCAUACCUCAUUAACAGUUUAGGGUUCUCCCAAGAGGCUGCCUUAAAUGCUUCCGAGAGAGUUCGAUUCGAGACCUCAGUAAAGCCAGAUUCAGUUGUCAGCUUCUUCAGAAGCCACGGCUUCUCUGAAUCUCUCAUACACGAUCUCAUUAGAAGGGAUUUGUCACUUCUUCUAUGCAAUCCCUGCAAUAAGAUUCUUCCCAAGUUUGAAUUUCUCCUCUCAAAAGGUGCUUCUACCUCCGACAUCGUCCUUAUGGUGCAUAAGAGUCCGAGAUUCCUAAAACGAAGCUUGUCCAAUCACAUAAUCCCGUCAUAUGAACUACUAUUAGGGUUUUUGCAUACUGAUGAAGCCACCAUCGAUUGUAUAAAAUGCUACCCAGAUAUUCUUUAUGGCCCUCGGUUGAUACAAAAUAUCGAGUUGCUGCUUAAGAAUGGAGUGUCAAGAACCAACAUUACUCUCAUACUCAAAAGGAGGCCUCGUUCACUAUCCCGCACAGAUGAUCUUGCAAAGAUGGUGGAGGAAAUUGAGUGUUUGGGGUUUGAUCCUUCGAAUUCAACAUUUUAUGUUGCGUUGUUAGCCAAAAUAUCUUUGGGCAAGUCCCACUGGGAAGCCAAAGUCGGCGUCUUCAAGAGAUGGGGAUGGUCAGAAGAAGCAUGGUCAGAAUCAUUUCGGAGGCAACCGCACAUUAUGUUAACCUCCAAGGAUAAAAUUGAUGCAAUUUUGAGUUUUUUGAGUAACCAUUUGGGUUGGGAUCCUUUGAUCCUUGCCAAAAAACCAAAUUUAUUGAUAUAUAGCUUGAAGAGAAGGAUCAUCCCAAGGGCUGCAGUUUUAGAUUAUCUUCAGUCAGAAGGGUUGAUAGAAAAUAAAGCUGGCUUAACUGUGCCGUUUGAGAUCCCUGAAAAGCAGUUCCUGGAAAGAUUUGUGAAACGCUAUGAGGAGCAUAAUUAUCAUCUGUUGAAGCUUUAUGAAGAAAAAAAGGAAUUAUGAUCAAUGAUGGAAUGUUAUGUGCAUAAAAUUUCAAAAUUUUAAUAUUUUGUGAUUCAGGCCCAUUUCUUUUUCUCCUUCCCACUGAAGUAUUCACCAUGUUUAAAUUGGGAUUCAAUUAAUUUUACUGACUUGUUUCAUGUUCUAAAGUAAACCUCUAUUUGGGGGGGGGGGGGGCUUUUCAUUCAUUAAUCCUGGCUAUCCACGGUUUCAUGCAUAUUAAUAUUUGUAAUAUCUUAUUGUUUAGCAUUGGUUGUUGUAUACUUUCGUUAAAAAUUGUUUCACUCGACCUCAUGAGUAAUGAACAUUGCUUCCACGAAUUCUAGCUCUUGCAGAAGCAAUACUUUCUAUGGGUUGGCAGGAGGUUGAAUAACAUUGUUUUGUAUCUUUAGCAAUUCCUCAGUUGAAUGGGAAUAUCUCUUUGAACAAAAAGGUGUUCAUAUAACCAGAAUUGUCAACGUUGUGAACUUUACUUGAAAUGAUCACAAGUUUAAGACAUGUUGCUAUGAUGAGGGUGCAAUAUUCUCUUUUAUUAAAAUUCUAAUCUUUCAUCUCCACCGCUCCAUAAAUGACCUUGACUUCUCAUGAUCUGUUGGCGACCAAUGUUCCGUUUAAACAUGAUUCCACUAUUAUUUUCUUUUCAGUGCAGGGAAGGAAAAAUCAUCUCGAUGACAGAAUUGAGCAGGAAUAAUGGGCUCCAUUCUUCUGUUUUGCAGAUUGGUAAAGUUUGAAUUCCUCAUAAAAGGAUGAUCUGAUUUCAGUUUGCACAGUCAUUUUGAUUAUGGUGCAGAAUUUUGAACAACCCUCAAACCAUUAUAAUUCUGCUAUGACUGAUUCUUCGCCUAAUCUAGUUUAUCUUUAAAAUGUAGUCUUGGAAUCUCCUAAACCUAGAUGCAGAGAUCUCGACAUGCAUACACUGAUGAAGGGCUUCUUGUUUCUUACUGUAUUUUGAAAAAUUCAGAUGUUUACUCUUCGAUUUGGAUUGUUAUCGUUGAUUGAACAAGCUGCCCAAUCAGAGCCUGUUGCCACCUUGUAAUAGAUAAUCUCACAAAUGAUUGAUCUGCGAGGAAGUUGGAGCCUCUGGGUUUAUACUCAGGCAUUCCAUGCUGCCCAAUGACCUAUUAAGCAAGCUUGCAGAAUUUGGGGGUUGGUACCAACAGCAAGACUAUUCCUGCUGUUCUAUAUGUGAACUUGAUAUGAACACAAAGUUACUUGUAAAUAUCAUACAUACAUAUACUCAUAUUAUCCUCGAUGUCC